UCGGGACUUCCCCCAGAUGAAUAUCGCAACACCGGUUACAGUGUUGGAUGGCUGUUGACACUCCCGAUUACAACCAUGGACCACAUAUUACAGUGUCAUGAAGAAAAUGGUGGCUAUAAAAAGCACAUCCUUGAGAUGUUCCAACGGCAUCCAAUCCAAUCCAACCCAAGUUUCGAAAACAUGAGCUACUCCAACUCAACCCUUUGUUGCCUACUCCUCGCCAUCAUCCUCGUAGCCGCUCCGCACACAGCGGAGGGCCAGCGCGAGAUCACCUUCACCACAAACAUAAACACGUACGCCUCAGAGCUGAAUGCUUUCCGACAAGCCGUACGUACCACCAACAAAAGGUUCGACUACUUUCUCCUGCCUCUCAGAACCGCCGUCUCCGGCACAAACCGCUACAGAGAAAUCAACCUCAGAAACUCC